AUGCCCACAGCGCGCAGCCUCCUGUCACGGCGCUGGCUGCUCUCGCGCCGCGCCCAGAAUCACCAGGAGCCGGACGAUGCACCGCCUGGGAACAUGGACCGCAAGCGAAUCGCCCGCGCCCUCAGCUCCCCAGCGCGAACCCAGCAGCCCGCCGACGAGGAGUCGCUGGAAAGGGCCUUCCCCUCCACGGGCCACCUCGAGUACGUGCUCGCCGGAUCCUCCCCCCCAGCGGAGAGCGCGCCCAAUAUGUACGACAGCUUCGAGGAGCCACCCCUGGACUUAACUGCGCACAUAUGCGGCGACUCGUUGCGUCAGAGCGCGCACGAGCAGAUGCGAGCGGUAGGCGGCAGACUGCGACUCCUCGACGAGCUGGAAUCGGGUGUCAUCGCCACCGAUGGAGCGGUGAACGUCUUCCUGAAUGCCACGGAGGCCGAGAGGAACGUUUGCUUGUUCUGGGCGGCCUUCCUCAAGCUCGACCAGCUGCUGCCCGCGUUGAUUGAGACCGGUGCGGACAUUUUGUACUUCGACGCGCUAGGGUUGUCGCCGCUCCACGCCGCGGCGUUCAGCGGCUCCGCGGAAUGUGCCAACUAUCUGCUCUCUUGUGGGGCGGACCCCAAUUACAUGCCGCGCUGCUUCGUGCCGCUCCAUUGUGCCGCGUUCGGGAAUUCAGUGCAAGUGGCUAAUUUACUAAUCAGUCGUGGGGCGUCCGUCCACGCGGCCGUCAAGUAUGUCAAUUGCGAAGGAGGCUUGCUCCAUUGCGCUGUGCGCGCGAAUUCUGUGGAGUGCCUGAAGUUGUUUAUAUCCCACGGGGUCGAUGUUAAUCAGAUAGAGCCGGGCGGCACGAAUGCCAUCCACCUCGCCGCUGAUCUGGGUAUGAUACAAUGUCUCGCAAUCCUCUUGGAAACGCCCGGCGCUGAUCCUAACGUCAGAACUCGAGUAGGCGACAGGGAGUCAACAGCGCUACAUUUAGCCGCUGACGGCGGCUUUGCUGAUUGUGUCGAUCUGCUUCUGUCGAAAGGCGCUGACGCCAGUUUGAAGAAUCAUCGUGGUUUUACGGCUCUACAUUUGGCAGCACGAUCGGCUAGUUUGGAGUGUGUUGAGUCAUUACUGCGCAAAGGCAACGCUGAGCCGAACUCCAUGGAUUUUGAUAUGAGGACGCCCCUUCAUGCUGCGAUCGGAAAAUCUGACAGUGCGUGUGAUAUUAUUGAAACCCUAAUUAGCUGGGGCGCUAAUGUCAACCAGAAAGAUGAAUACGGUUUCACUCCACUACAUCUAGCAGCCUUAGAUGGGCUUUCUGCCUGCGUGGAGACAUUAAUUUAUCACGGUGCAGACGUUACGACAAGAUCGAAAAAGGGAAAUUCAGCUCUUAACGUAAUUGCUCGAAAAACACCGGCUUCCCUUGCUAUGGUAACGAGAAAACUAGAUUGUGCUAUCACGCUGCACCACUCACAAUCAAGUAACAGAGAAGUAGAGCUAGAACUUGACUUCCGCAGCAUACUCCAGCAUUGCUACCCGCGGGAGAUAAGCUACCUUAACACAUUUGUUGACGAAGGUCAGAAGGAAGUGUUACUACACCCAUUAUGCUCGGCAUUCCUUUAUAUUAAAUGGGAGAAAAUUCGCAAAUACUAUGUGGCACGAUUAUUUUUGAGCUUCAUAUUUGUUUUAUGCCUUACUCUUUACGUUUUAACAGCGUUGGCUCAUAAUUGUUAUAACGGGAGCAAGGAUAUGGAAGAAACGAUUCAGGAACAAGAGCUUUGUCAGAAGCAAUCAAUUCUAGGGGAUUUGCUGAGAAAAAACCCGUUUGUCAUAGAGAUGCAAUGGUGGGUGUUAGCAGGAAUAACGAUAUUCGAAAUAUUCAGAAAAGUUUACGGUAUAGCUGGCUACUCCACGGUGAAACAAUAUCUGAUGCAAUCCGAAAACAUAAUAGAAUGGUUUGUUAUUGUUAGCGUAUUUCUUAUAUCAUACAUUUAUACAAACAUAACAUACACUUGGCAGAAUCACGUGGGCGCAUUCGCCGUGCUUGCUGGUUGGACGAAUCUAAUGAUGAUGAUUGGACAGCUGCCGGUGUUCGGCACCUACGUGGCCAUGUAUCAAAAGGUGCAAAAGGAAUUCGCGAAACUUCUAAUGGCCUACUCCUGCAUUUUAAUCGGUUUCACGAUAAGCUUUUGUGUUAUAUUUCCCGAUUCCUCUUCCUUUGCGAACCCAUUUAUGGGCUUUAUCACCGUAUUGACCAUGAUGAUUGGCGAAUUAAAUUUGGACUUGUUGUUGAACGAACCGGACGGAAACGAUCCUCCAGUGUUGCUAGAGUUUUCAGCACAGAUAACAUACGUCUUGUUCCUUAUGUUUGUUACGGUGGUAUUAAUGAAUCUACUCGUCGGUAUAGCGGUUCACGACAUACAGGGAUUAAGGAAAACUGCUGGAUUAUCGAAGUUAGUAAGACAAACGAAAUUAAUCUCAUACAUGGAACUGGCAUUAUUCAACGGAUAUUUACCGAAGUGCCUACUUAAAAUUCUCCAUUCGUCCGCAUUGGUUUCGCCACAAGCCUACAGAGUGGUUCUUAGCGUGAAACCGUUAAAUCCGAGUGAGAAAAGAUUGCCUAGGGACAUCAUGAUGGCUGCGUAUGACAUUGCAAAAAUGAGGAAACAGUAUGGUCAUACUAUAUCAUCUAAUGGAUCCACCACAGGAACUUACUCUUGCUUUAAGAAAUAUGAGAACAAUAACGAUUCUAGUUACAGAGAAUACGGAUAUUCUGGAUUGGGCACCCUUCAAGCGAAGCUAGAUGAGACGUCGGAGAACGUCAGGCAGUUAACACAGGAAGUUAGGGAAUUGAAAAAGUUGAUUAGCGCCCAACAGCUCGUAAUACAGCAAGCGCUCGCCGGAGCGGUGGACAACCGU